AUGUACAUUUCAUGUAAUUUGGUUAAUUUAAUACAAAGUCGUAAUAGUUCAUCGUUAACACCAUGUCAAACACCAGAAAUAUGUUCAACAGUAAGAUGCGCAUUGCCUUUUUGUAAACCAGGUACGAUAGCGAAGACGUUGCCUUGCAAAUGUUGUCCUGAAUGUGUUCCAGAUGACAACGAACAGCCUCAGUGCGCAGCAGUACAAUGUACUAGACCCGAAUGUCAACAAUGGCAGAAGCUUGUCGUACCUCCUGCUCAAUGUUGUCCAAUAUGUAAGCCUAGCCAAUGCCAAAAACCGGAAUUAUGUACAAAGAUCUUAUGUCCCAGACCUCUUUGUAAAAAAGGUGAAGUAGCAAAAAAAUUUCCAUGCAAUUGUUGUCCUGUCUGUGUUUCAGAGGAUUGCCUAACUCCCAGUGAUUGCCAAUCAUACGACUGUGCAUUUCCACAAUGCCCUCGUGGCCAGGUAGCAAAAACUUUGCCUUGCAAAUGUUGUCCACAAUGCGUCCCACAUGUUAAUUGUAAGAAACCACAAAAUUGUCCAAAAGUAUUAUGCGCGAAAACAAAAUGUAAGCCUUGGCAAAAGGUGGUCACUCCUCCAUGUGAAUGUUGUCCAAGAUGUGAACCAACUGAAUGUCAAGAAUCUGCUUGUCAAAAAGGAGAAGUAGCAAAAAUACUUCCAGGUAGUUAUUGUCCGAGUUGCGUACCCGAUAAUUGUCAGACAUCUGAAGAUUGUAGGUUGGUGAAAUGCGCAAUGCCUAUCUGCGCGAAAGGGUUGGUGGCUAAAAAACUACCAUGUCAAUGUUGUUACCAAUGUGUACCUAAGGAAUGUUUAGGCGAAGAAGAUUGUGCUCGUGCUUUAUGUGUUAAACCAGUUUGUAAACCUUGGGAUAUUCUCAUAACUCCGAGGUGUAAAUGCUGCCCAAUCUGUACGCCUUUACUAGAUAAAAAAUAA